AUGCCGUCCGCCCUGAUCCUCAUCGCCCAGGGCACCGAGGAGAUGGAGUACACCAUCACCUACGACAUCCUCGUCCGCGGCGGCGUCAAGGUCCAGUCGGCCCUCGUCGGCUCCUCGCAGACCAGCCCCACGGAUCCGCACGGCGCAAAGUACGUCGAGUGCACCCGCGGCGUCAAGAUCGUGCCCGACCUCCGCCUGCCCGACCUCGAGGGCGGCAAGGCCCUCGACUACGACGCCAUCAUCGUCCCCGGCGGCGGGCCCGGCGCAAACACCAUCGCCAACAACUCGGACGUACAGCAGCUCAUCAACGCCAUGUACGGCAGGGGCAAGAUUGUCGCUUGCAUCUGCGCAGGCUCCCUCGCUGCCCUCAAGGCCAAGAUCGGCACCGACAACGACAUCACCAGCCACCCUUCGGUCAAGGAUCAGCUCGUCAAGGACUACACCUACCGCGAGGAUCGAGUCGUGAUCGCCGACAACCUCAUCACCAGCCGCGGACCCGGCACGGCGUUUGCGUUCGCCCUCGCCAUCGUCGAGGCGCUGCAGGGCAAGGAAAAGAGGGACGAGAUCGAGGGUCCCAUGAUCCUCCCCGACAAGCUUUGA